CCUGGUUGAGUUGUGAUGUUGAUUGCUCGGCUGCAAUAUUGCCUGGUUGGCUGGUUUCAGUUUGGCUGCAAGACGCUCAAUAUUUCACCCAGCUUGUCGUCAAAACCAGCCUGAACGACCGAACGGCGAACGCCGUCGUCUACCUCGCAGCGGCAACCUUCUCCCGCUACCCUCCCACGGUGCUUCUUCCUGCACGACCUCAGCACCGGUAGGAUGCGAUAGACCCGUCGGUAUCAAAGAACGCGCGCACCAAUGAGCCUUGUCAAUGGCCCGAAAUCCGCCGCCGCCCUCUACUCCUCUCUGCUCCAGAGCUGCAUCGGCUCCAACGCCUUCCGGCAAGGAAAAUCCAUCCACCACAGGAUCGUAGCAUCCUCCUUGCCUCCGGACCUCCACCUGAGCACCAAGCUCGUCAUCUUCUACGCCCGCUUCGGCGACGUCGCGUCUGCAGGCAAGGUGUUCGACGGGAUGCCGCACAGGAGCGUCGUGUCCUGGACGGCCAUGGUCUCCGGGUACGCCAAGAACGGGCGCCCGCAGGAGGCGCUGGAGCUGUUCGCGCUCAUGCUCCGGUCCGGCGCCCGGCCGAACCAGUUCACGUUCGGGAGCGCGGCGAGCGCGUGCGCCGGCGCCGGAUGCGCGAGGAUCGGGGAGCAGGUGCACGGGUGCGCGGCGAAAGGCAGGUUCGCGGGGGACAUGUUCGUGCAGAGCGCGCUCAUGGACAUGCAUCUGAGGUGCGGGUCGGUGGCCGAUGCGAGGCGGCUGUUUGCGGCGAUGGAGAGGAAGGAUGUGGUGUCUUGGAAUGCCUUGCUUAGGGGGUUUGUGGAGCGCGGGCAUUACAGUGAUGCGCUUGGAUUGUUUUCACCAUUGCUGAGAGACGCGAUGCUGCCUGACCAUUUUACAUUUGGAAGUGCUCUAAAAGCCUGUGGCGCAGUCAGUGUGCUUUCUAAUGUGGAGCUAAUUCACACUUGCAUCGUCAAGCUGGGUUAUUGGGACGAAAAGGUUGUUAUUGCAUCACUUAUCGAUUCUUAUGCAAAAUGCCGGAGCUUGAGCAGUGCAAGAGUGAUAUAUGACUCCAUGCUUGAACCAGACCUCGUGUCAUCUACUGCACUGAUCAGUGGAUACUCCAUGGAUAGAAACCACAGUGAAGAUGCAAUGAAUCUCUUUUGUAAGAUUCAUCAUAAGGAUUUAAAAAUCGAUGGUGUUCUGUUAAGCUCCUUGCUUGGCGUUUGUGCUAAUAUAGCAUCAAUAAAAUUUGGGACACAAAUUCAUGCUUAUAUGUGCAAGAAACAACCUAUGGGUGAUGUGGCAUUGGACAAUGCUCUAGUUGACAUGUAUGCAAAGGUAGGAGCAUUUUCAGAUGCCAGACGUGCUUUUGAUGAAAUGCCCUACCGAAACGUGAUUUCGUGGACUUCACUUAUUACUGCCUGUGCGCAAAAUGGUUUUGGAGAAGAUGCUGUGACCCUUUUUGAUAGGAUGGAGGAGGAUGGUGUAAAGCCAAAUGAUGUGACAUUCCUUUCUCUUCUAUCUGCAUGCAGCCAUUCUGGUCUGAUGAACAGAGGGAUGGAAUAUUUCACAACCAUGUUGGGCAAGUAUGGUAUUGAUCCAAGAGCCGAGCAUUACAGCUCUGCUAUUGACCUUCUUGCUCGUGGAGGUCAGUUAGAAGAUGCAUGGAGGCUUGUUCAGAAGACGAAUGCUGAACCCAACACAUCCAUGUACGGUGCAAUGCUUGGAGCUUGUAAAAUACAUGGAAACAUGCCUCUUGGAAAAACUGUGGCCAAGAAUCUUUUAAGUAUAGAUUCUGAGAGUUCUGUGAACUAUGCUGUGCUUGCAAACUUGUAUGCAGAAUCAUGUUUAUGGGAGGAUGCUCAGAGGACAAGGAAAUUAUUGGUGGAAACAUCCAAAGGAAAAGAAGCUGGUUGCAGUGUCAUUUGAAGAUAAUUUAUGGUCUAUGGGGACAAAUUUUCCUCUUCACAAAGUUUCUUCUGAAGAUAGGUUAUUAUAUGUGCAGACAAAUUUUCCUCUGCAGAAAAUUCAGGUGAUGGUCACUUGCCUCUUAUUAGAUGAGUCUGAAAUCUGAAACAAUUUUGGACUACAUGCCAGGUGAACUUCAGAGGUCCAACAUACAUGAGCCUCCACAGCUUUAAAAACCCCUAACGAAUUAUGAAUACUUUGCUAUUUCAGUUAAACAGUGGACAGCUAAUGACUUAUCAGCAGCCAUCAUGUUGCUCCAUGGGUUGCGAUGGUUCUGUUCUGCUGAAUGGCUCACCAGGACACCAUCUGAAAAGGAAUAGAAACCUAACCUCAGCCUGCGAGGCUUCUGCACAAUUGAUGGUUCGAGGCAAAGCUGGAGCAAGCUUGCCCUUGCCCUGGAUUGAUGUCCAGUGCUUAUUCCAAGAUCUGGUGCCAAGGGAUGCUGUUAUCAUGGAAACUGGCGGGGAUUGGCUGAUUCGGGCUGACAGUGGUGCAAAGGUGUAAGACUACCCAGUUUGACUGUCUGAUGGGGUGGCCUGCAGGUGCUCUGGCGUCGUCGGACAGCGCUGCCUGCAUUCGAAAAGAUGGCGGCCUUUGUGCCGGUACUCCGACCUGCUGAAGAUGGAUCUCUGUAUUUCUGCUCUCGAGAAGAUUAAUUGGGAGGCUCCAGGACUGACCUGGAGGGCGCGAGAUCGACCACAACGGACUUCGCUUCAUGCUGAACAACGACCCUUUUGUAAUAGGAUAGGCUUCCGGUUGAGUUACCGUUCUGCGUUCAUGUAUUCAGGCUGGUUCCAUUACCUUGGAGUUAGUACUGUUGCUGGUGGUGGUAGUACGUCGGUGCUUACUGCAAUGCAUGGAGCGUUUCUA